AUGCGGUCGACCAGAAUAAGCCAGAAGACGCCCAUUAGGGACUGCGACAAUCCCAUGGCUUUAAGGAAAACGACAUAUUGUCCCCUCUCGAAGCAACAAAGCAUAUUAGACCGCAAUGGAAUUCAAAUUGAAGUCCUGUGCGGAUCACCGGAAGGGACUAUUGUGGAGAAGGUGACUACUCGACGACUUGGCGACAAUGAUGUCUUUAUCGAGACCACACAUUCCGGCCUAUGCGGAACAGACGAACACUUCCUCCAUCGCGACCAAGCUCUUGGACAUGAGGGAGUAGGUGUAGUAAAGCACAUCGGUUCCAGCGUAACAAGUGUAAAGGUCGGUGACCGGGUUGGAUUCGGCUUUAUCCGACGUGUGUGUGGAAGAUGUGACAACUGUCUUAGUGGUUGUGACAAUCACUGCAGAGGAAAGCGAGCAUAUGGCCAACAUGACUUCGACGUUGGAUCAUUCAGCCACGGAACUGUCUGGAAUGCCGAUGCCGUCUAUCCCAUUCCGGAUGGAUACGAUUCGGCUUAUGCAGCACCACUUCUAUGUGCUGGUGCUUCGGUCUGGGCUUGUUUGACUAAUAAUGAAAUCCGCCCGUCCGAUCGUGUCGGUGUCGUGGGAAUAGGUAGUCUUGGCCAUCUCGCGAUCAAGCUUGCUGCGGCACUUGGAUACAAUGUGGUGGCAUUUUCAGGCUCAGAAAGGAAACGUGAAGAAGCGCUAGAAUUUGGAGCAUCAGAAUUCUAUCGCUUUCCCAGUACCCAGGGGCGUAUCCGCAUAAAACCCGUCAAACAUCUUCUAUUGUGUGGGAGCUGCGAUGUUGACUAUGCCUCUCUUCUUGAUUUGGUUGAUACGAAUGGGGCUAUUUAUCAUAUUUCUGUGACCCUGAAACCUACCCCUAUCCCUCUAGUUCCCUUCGGUCAGAAGGGGAUACGAAUUCAGGGAUGUUUCAUCACUUCGCGACGCAAUCUGCAAGAGUUAUUGGAGUUUGCUGCGCGACAUAUUAUCAAACCGACUAUCAUGAAUUUCCCUCUUACCAAAGAUGGCCUUGAAGAGGCAUUUGAGAAAUUGAGAGCGGGUGGUAUCCGAUACAGGGCAGUCCUGGAGCACCAGGCAUUAUAGACCCGCACUUUGGCUUGAAGUCCAUCCACGAGAGGAGGUAUUUUGCGAAUACCAGAAGAUCUCGCAGUAUCAUGCUCUUAAGGUCUCUGAUAAUUUCUGGUACUUUUAGGUCGCAUCUUCUUUGAAUACCGAAUAAUGAGCCGAUAGUAUUAUACAUUCAUGCGAUUAUGUAG